CAGGACUGGAAAAAUCCAGUACCGAUUUGACGCCGGCUUUAGUUGCAACACGGAUCUAUUUCACCGGCGCACUGCUGCGCUCACUUCCGUCCACCUCAUUCUUUCCGUAUCAGCAAACUUGACAGAGAGAGAAAAAAACCAAAACAGUUUCUAAAGUAGUACGUCUCCGACUCAAAAGUUGUAUUUUGAGGCACCAGAAAGAUGAUUUUGCUCACAAUGAUCGCCCGAGUGGCCGACGGACUUCCGCUUGCCGCCUCCAUGCAAGAGAAUGACCAGUCUGGAAGAGACUUCCAGCAGUACCAGAACCAAGCCAAACAGCUGUGCCGUAAACUAAAUGCUCAGAGUCCAGAGCGCUGCACAGUGGAAGCAAGGGACAUGAGUUUUCAUUAUUUAAUAGCAGAAGGUGUUUGCUACCUGUCCCUCUGUGAGCCUUCAUUCCCCAAGAAAAUAGUGUUUGCAUACCUGGAGGACCUCCACAGUGAGUUCUUUGACCAGUAUGGACGGAAAGUUCCAACAGUGACGAGGCCUUACUCCUUCAUUGAGUUUGAUACAUAUAUGCAGAAAACAAAAAAAACAUACAUUGACAGCAGGGCCAGGAGGAACUUGGGCAGUAUCAACACAGAGCUACAGGAUGUUCAGAAAAUUAUGGUGGCCAAUAUUGAGGAGGUUCUGCAACGAGGAGAAGCACUUUCUGUUUUAGACACAAAAGCCAGCAACCUGUCCACCCUGUCCAAGAAGUACGGCAGUGACGCAAAGUAUCUCAACACCCGCUCCACGUACGCCAAACUGGCUGCCGGGGCGGUCUUCUUUAUCACGCUCAUCAUUUACGUGCGCUUCUGGUGGCUCUGAUGGGACGCAUCAUGGGAUUUCACAGCGGAUCAUGUCAACUGAUUACCACUGUGCCUUAACAGGUGAUGUGUGUGCAUGCGCGCGUUUCUACAAAGAGAUUGUGCUAUGGACGCUUGAGGAUGAACUGAGCAGCUGGGUGGCAUAGAUGGACGUGUGGCUGUGGAAGCAGGCUUGACUGUGUGGUGUGUUCAAGGAGUUGGGUGUUGACUUGUGUUUACAUGUUUUCGGGAGAUCGGUUUCACCACAUGGAAGAAAUUAUCCAAGUUUAAUGUCUUAAAAAAUAUACUUUCAAAAUGUUUAAAGGGUAAUACUUGUCUUUUUGUGGAUUAAAUACUUAUCAAAA